ACUUACACCAGUACUGGCAGUAGACAGUAGUGUGCCAAGCGCAAGAAAACUCAAACUGUCAAAACGACACGGUAACGUAACGGUCACACUACAAAAGUAGUACAGUCAUGUAUUACUUUUGUUGUAGUUGUCAUGUAUUCAAACGGCGGUACUGCUAGGCUCAGUUUGAUUUGCAAUACAGUAAUCAGUUUGUCUGGAAAGGCGGCAGGCUGACCGGCACUAGUCACGACUGACUAUUCCUGGUCUGAUGUAGUACCGGUAGUGUCAGUGGAGCAACUCCGCAAGCCUCUGGACCGCCUGGUCACUCCGCCAUCCGAGCCUUUCGCGUCCGUUUACGAAGUGAUGAGCAGGGCAUGUUUGCAAUGGUGCUGAUGAUGAGGUAGUUUCGCUCGCACCGAAAGUUGACAACGUGUCUGUAUCAGAUCGACCUCGUGGUGCCGAUAAUCGCUGGGUUGUUGCACGGCAGUUCAUGAAGAUCCUGCACCGGUGAAGUGGCAACGUCUGAAUAUCGGCAGUCAUCUUGGACGGAUGCGACCACAGUGCUGCGUGGUUCCACACACCGAAAGAUAGCAGAGAAAAACGGCAUGAUUGGGACAAACUAAUUACUUCUGCUUCUAGUGCUUAUUCCUGCAGUCCUGGAUGAGAGCCUGGUAGCGUGUUUGUGGAUUUUCUUGGUCACGUCUGUGGAAUAAUCAGCUGCCUACCGAGCCUGCAACUCAGCCGCGAGAAGCGGCAGACGUGUGAAUCGACUUGCACUCCCCAGCAGCGGAUUCUGGCACUGAUCAUAGUGUGCAUGUGUACAUUAGCAGUUGAGAACUGAAGCCCUUGACUAGCAGUCCUACCGCAGGCUGCACUGCACUGCACUGCACUGCAGUGCACUGCAGACGGAGUACAGUUUCCGCAAAUCACCACUACCGCUGUGAACCCACCAGAUGCCGGAUUUGCCAAUGCUGAACUGCUAGUGUCCCCUGACUGCUAUUGAUAUCUGAGCUAACUGGUGCACGAGAAUGUCUCUCCCUCGUUCACGCGACGGGAGAGAGCGCCCAAGUGCUCGGCACACAGUGGAUCCUGGAGAUGAUCUGUACUAUCAUAGUGAUGAUGGUGAUGAGCGUCCCAGGGACAGAGCAUAUGAUGGUGAUGAUCUCUCCAGGGACAUAGCAUAUCGUGGUGAUGAGCUUCCCAGGGACAGGACACAUGGUGGUGAUGAGCUUCCCAGGGACUCGGCGUAUGAUAUUGCCGCUGCAAGUCCAGACAUGGAAUACCACAAGGCCGAGGUGGAUUGGCACGAGAGCAAUGGAGACGGAGGAAACGCCAGUAGCCGGUCCCGUUUGCCUGCGCUGUUUGACGGCCAUGAUUCUCCGAGCUACACAGCACAGAGCAAUGGCAGCAUUUCCACGGUACACGCAAGCAGUGAUUUCGGCAUGGACGGUGUCGAUUUCGCUACGCGAGGCGACGCAGAUGAACACUUACACAGCUCCAAUCAGCCCCGUAAACGCCACCGUCGUAAACGUCAGCGUUCACGCUCGCCAGUCGAUGCUUCUCCCCUGCGCAAGCGGAGAAACCCUCGUCGCCACCGUGGACAUCAAGAGAUCGACGCAUAUGCUACAACAGCGGUUAGGAAUGCAUUUGCUGACCGUUCACCAGCCAUUUCCUCUUCGUCAAAAAGUACAACUGGAUUUGGACCCGCCACUCCAAGCAAGCACAAGGUUAAGCACCAGCAGCCCUUCACACCGGCAAGUCAGGUCAAUAAGUCUCUCCGGGCAACUACUAGCCGAAAGGUGGAGCCCUGGAAACUGGAGAUGAACACGAAGAAUGGCAAGAUGAUGCUGGGAAUGAAGCGUCCUCCCGUGGACGAGAACCCUGGCUGGACACAGGGCAUCAUUGCCAAGGUUAUACCUGACAAAUCAAUCGGCUUUAUUCGCAUCAAGAAACGAUUGGAGACUGACAGCAUGCCACUCAAUACUCGACAUGAUGAAGACAUAUUCUUCCACUUCAGCCGUACCAAACUGGAUGCAAUUGCUGGCAUGGACCUCUUGCAAUCCGACGCCGUGGAGUUUACACGAGAGCCAUCAAGACAGGAGGGGAAGAGUGACAGAGCGUCAGAGGUUGUGGUGGUGGCCAUCCAUCGCUCUGUCGAUCAGUUCUACAGCUGGCUAGAUGAAGUACAGCGGCAGGCAAUGGAUAACAGGAGCAUGGCCAUACAACGUCUCAACGCUCAUCUGAUAUGGAAGACAAUGCUGAAUCAGCCAAUCAGCGACAAAGAUUCAGCCAACACCUUGACUGGCAGAAUCAUCAAAACACUUCUCGACCUGAAAGACUUCCUCCGCGUGAUGCCCAACAUCUUCAAAAACUGGACUGCUGCGGUAAGCAAGUGUACAUUCUUCAACCCGAUCACUGGCGCAUUGCUGGCGUACAUGCAGCAAAGUCACCCGGAUUGGCAGUUACUUGAAGACUUUCUCCUGGCACUGUGCACCGCAGACAACAGCCUGCUACAGCUUGUUCUGCCAUUGGUCAGAAAGAUGGUGGAUAUACCAUCAUACCCACAGGACCGUGUGAAGCAGUGCCUAUUGAAGUUUCUACAAUGUAUGGUUGUCACGGCAACUGACAAUGAUCCGGAAACAUGUUCAUGGAGCAACUUGCCGCUUGCACCGACCAGCACUGAGCUGACUGGUCAGCUUAUCACCACGGCAACUGGAGAAUGGUCAGCCACAGCGUACACUGGUCCAGCUCUCCCGGUUGUUUAUCGUCACGGCAACUACAAAUCCGUUGAUCAUUAUCUUGACACAUACUUCCGGCUGCUGCGAGAGGACUGCUUUGCUGCACUGAAAACCGGCGUACAGAACCUGCUUCAAGGAAAGCUAGACAUCCGCGACAUGAACGUGUACUACCAAUUGGAACUUAUGGCAAUCGAAGAUCCAGGCUCUGCUGGCCAUGGCACUGCAGGUCUAGCUGUCGGUAUCAAAAUAAAGUCAGCACGCCCGGUGAACGACUGGAAAAAGACAAGCGCUCUGAUGUAUGGCAAUCUGGUAUGCAUCACGACCGACGGUUCGUUCAAGAAUCCGCUGUGGGCUACUGUACGCAGCAAUGCCAAGAUGGCCACGGAGCGUAUUCUGCUGGUGGACCCGUGCGCCGAUAUCAACGGUAGUGACAUGGCAGAGUUCAUCAGCAGAAUGAGAAAUGCCUCACCUCACACCACGCUCAUGUUGGAGUCCCCAGCUUACUACAAAGCCUAUCAACCAGUGCUACUCUGUCUUCGGGAUAUGACUUCCGAGGACAUUCCGUUCACCGAAGAGAUCGUCGAGUGCCUAACAGACAUUGAUUGUCCUCCCGAGUACCUGGAUCCAGAUCGUGCUCUGCAGAAACUGAAGAAGUCCCCGGUGACUGUGCAAUUCCGCAAUAUGCCGACUGCAGGUGCCGAACACGACACCUGUAUGCUGACCGGCAAUGACGAGCUUCCAGCGCCAGCAACCGGACUUUGCCAACUGGAGCACGAAUCUCGUCCUGUAGUCGAGCCAGCCACCUCCCGGUUGUGCAAUAGUGCGGCCAGAGCUGACCAAGAGACCAGUGAAUUGUCUGUAAAGGGAGAUAUUGGUGAGGUGUCUGUGAAGGAAGAGUGUCCGUCAAGACCUGUCACGAGGCUUGGCGUGCGCAAGAGAAACCUUGCCCUCUUCGAGCCACCUGCCGAUACCUCAACAUCGAAACAUAAGCUGAUUGAAGGAGCUGAGCAGAAGCUGAUUGAAGGAGCUGAGCAGAAGGCGAGUGAAGAGAUGACUGUGUUAGAAGAAUGUCUUCCAAAGUCAAACGCAGCACAUCGUGAAUGCAGCAGUAGCCAUGAUAGUGUUGAAUCCACCAAGAAGCUCAGCAGUCAUUCACAGACCACUGUGCCUGCACUAGCGGGAGGUGUCGUGUCAGAGCAGGAUCUUACAGAUGCAGCUACGACUGCCAUUGGUGUACCGAAGAGACCAGCGUCUGUUUUCUUCAACCCUGGGUGCCUGUACAACACACCUAGUCAACCUAAGAGACCAGCGUCUAGUCAAGCUCCAGACCGUGUACCACUCUCCGAGGUGCUGGAUCUGCUGGAGGAUGGUGAUGCAGACCUUUGCGUUGACCUGUCACAGCGCAAAGCAAUAGCACAUGCAUUGAGGCAUCGUCUAGCACUGAUCCAAGGUCCGCCCGGUACUGGCAAGACGUACAUCGGUAUCAAGUUGGUUCAGCUCUUGCUGACAGCGUCGAGCUUGAAGCAGAAGAUCUUCCUGGUCCUCACCUACAAGAAUCAUGCCCUGGAUGAGUUUCUAAUCGCCUGCAUGAAGUUUAUGACGGUUGUGCGCAUUGGCGGCAGAUCUGAUGACGCCGCAUUACGAGAACGGAACAUCAACCAGGUCAUGCGCGAUCACCGCCGAAUGUACGAUACCGGUUCCCACAGGGGAUCCAAUAAAGCAGAGUGUACUGCACGGUACGUCAAGAAAACAACUGCUGAGCUUGCCAGCGCCAGCCAUUUUUCAGUGCAGUGCUUUUUGGACUUUGCCACUCCAAUGCAGAUCAAGGAGUUGUUGUUUGGCCUGAGGAGAAAUUAUUGGGAGCCGGCUGAUUACGCGGAGCUGUGCAAUAUCUUUCCAACGCAAGAUCUUGCUGAAUGGAUCGAUGAACUAGAUCGAGAGUUGCUUGUUCACCUAGCGACACAUGCCCUUCGCUGUUGGUUGCCUGAGCCACGUAUCUCUGAUGAGCUACGAAAGGGAGCUUCGACACAGGACUCCUCGACUGGCACAGCGGAAUUCCAGCCCGUGCCCAGUGACAGUAAGCGGUACAGCCACAAAGCAGAUGAAGAUGUCAGCGGUGAUGAAGAAGAAAAAGAGGAGGAAGUCCGGCAGAGACGUGGUGGUGGUGGUGGAGCUGGCAAGGAUGAUGAUUUACGUCUUCUGUUCUUGAAGAGGAGACAUCUCGGAACCUCUUGUUGGCCUGAGGAGAUUCCCGGGCUUGAGUGCCAAUCCCGACAUGUUGCGAUGGAGUUGUCUCGAGACCUUGACGAUGAUGUAUGGAAAUUGAACGAAGUCAACUGAGCGCUAUUUAUUCAGCACUUGAUGGCAGUGCAUUUGGAAGAUUGCCGGAGCAGACUCACAGCAGGUGUUGAGUCGCUUGCUGAAUUAACUACGGAGGCUAAAGUUCUUGAAGCUGAAGAAAAGGCGAGAGUAUUGCACAACAGCGCUUCAUCAUUAAUAAUUGGCAUGACAAUCACUGGUGCUUCCAUGAACCAUGAGCUUCUGACAGCGCUUAAGCCUAGUGUUGUCAUUGUGGAAGAAGCUGCUGAGGUACUUGAACCACAGAUUGUUGCUGCUCUUGGUCCAUGGGUUCAACACUUGAUCAUGAUCGGAGAUCACAAGCAGCUACGACCAUCCGUUGAGUCCUACUCUCUUGUGAAAAAUCACCACUUUGAUAUUUCAAUGAUGGAACGACUGCUCAAUAACAAGAUGCCACAUGGGUUGCUGCUGACACAGAAUCGCAUGCGACCAGAGUUCAGUAAACUUCUUCUGGAUAUCUACCCAGAUUACAAGGACAACCUGUCAGUUGUGUUGCAGAACAAGGCCCCGGCGUGUAUGGCUGACUCGAUGUUCUUCUGGCACCACACGCACAAGGAAGACAAGAGCAGGAGUGUUGAGAACGGAAAAGAAGCAGAGAUGGUCGUUCGUCUUGCACUCUGGUUCGUUCAGCAAGGUUAUGAUCCAGCGGAUGUCACAAUUCUCACACCGUAUCAAGGACAGACAAGACGGGUGCGACGCCUUAUGCAGGACAAUCUUUCUUCGGUGUUUGACAUUCAAGAUCACCCUGAUUUCAUCGCCGUGGAAGCUAUGGAAGAAGAGUCAGUUCUCCAAAAUGCAAAUGAUAAAAGAAAGCGUCCACUACCACCUUCAUCUCCAAUCAACAAGGCAAGAGACCGCCACAGAGUGCAGGUGCACACAAUCGAUCGUUACCAAGGUGACGAGAACCAAAUCGUGAUUGUAUCACUGACCAGGUCAAACACGGAAGGCAAGAUUGGAUUUCUGGAUCAGCUGAAUCGACGCUGUGUGGCACAGUCGCGGGCCAAGUGCGGAAUGUACUUGGUUGGAAACAGCAAGACGCUAGAGCGAUCUUCAAACUGGACAUUUCUGACUAGAAAUCUGAGAAAGCAAAACCUCGUAGACGGUGCUCUAGUUCUCGCGUGCCCGAGACAUCCAUCGACUAGUCUGAAAGUUCGGACUGCUGGUGAGAUCCCGAUCAACAAGCCAGGGUUCUGCAGUGAGACUUGCAACGUCGCAAUGCCUUGCAAGGUUCACACGUGUGAUCAGCUUUGUCAGCCAGGACAUGCUCACAAGAUCUGUAAGCAGGAGGUGGAGUUUGAGUUCACCGUGUGUGGUCACUCAGCGACAAGACUAUGCAACCAAUCAGAGAGAGAACUGAAGUGCAAAAGUGACGUCUCGUAUACAUGCCGGGGACAGCAGCAUUCGAAAUGCACAAAGGUGUAUGUACGACAAUGCCAUGACGUUCGCGCGGAAAAGGACAUAUCAGAUCAAUGCAAAGAAACAGUUACCGUGACAUUGCCAUGCCAACACGAGGCAACCAAGGUGUGCAGCGCCAGAGACCCUCCAUGCGAGUUUCCAUGCAGCAAGACUCUGGAGAAAUGCGGUCACAUCUGCUCAGCUCUGUGCGGUGCAAACUGCAAGUCAGUACCUUGCAAGGAGUGUGAAAGAAUUGAACGCCAGCGUCAGGAAGACAAGCGCAAGGAGCUGGAAAGUGAAGUGGCACGACUCAGGACAUUGCAGGAAGAGGAGAAUUCCAAAAUGUCCAAUCCUGAUCAGGUUGCUGGCCAGCUUAUGACAACAGAUGACUCAGGGAUCAGAGAGAUCCGUCAAGCCAGCAUCAAUUUGCUAGACAAGACCAUGAAGAAAGAAAGACAGCCACAAAUCACCAACGUCCAAGAGAUCCGCAAUCGCACGAUUGAGAUUUCCCAGCACGAAGAACGGAUGAAACUAAAGACUGUGACUGGGGACAGUCAAAGAUUACCAAUCAGCGUACAAGAUCCCAAUGUCUUGGCCGCACUUGUACAAGAUGGAUGUGCUAAGAUGAAACAAACAAUUGGUUCACAAUCCAUGUGGACAGUCCCUAGUGCAGAAUGUUUCUCGCUGGAAGAUGUGUCCGGUCGAACAAGCAAUUACAUUGUCUGGUGUGAUGUAUAUCUGGGUAAGACCCAGGAGUUCGACACUCUCCCCAGCACACUGCCAAGUGAGGAGGAGCGUGAGUUUGAUUCUUGCUUCAUCAAGAGUGCCAACGGUGCUGGUGGUGACUAUUGUCUAUUCGAAUACAAUCUGAUCCGACCUCGCUAUGCUGUUGAAUUCAAGUGCAAAGUACUUGCAAGCGUUCUGAACACAGCACUGGAGAGCAAGUCCAUGCAUAGUGGAGAGUUUGAACGCAUGACCGUCAAACCAAGCAGAGGUGUGCUGCAGGGUGACCAGGCAACUGUGAUGAACAUGGCAACCAGUGCAUUCUUCAAGCAACAGAAGAGUGCAGAACAGAUGAAGAUCACCCGAGUGACCUACUAUGUGCAGCCAGAGCUAGUGGAGAAGUUUAUUGCUUUCCAGGAGAAGUUGAAGGAGAGGAAAACUGAGAGUGAGCAUGCAGCAGUUUGGGCCUUCCACACUACCGAUGCGAGGAACGUGGAAAGUAUCGUGAAGAAGAACUUUGAUCUUGAGCGGGUCGGUACUGCAACGCGUCACCGAGGCAAGUUUGGUUCCGGUAUAUACUUCUCCGAGUAUCCGGACUACAGUCUUCGCUAUGGUGGAUCUCAGAAGGCACUGCUGCUGUGUCAAGUUCUUCCUGGCAAGGAAUAUCACUGCACAACGGUGUCAUCUGGAGGAAGUCUGGAGGAGGGUUACGACAGCCAUGUCUAUGCUGCCGAUAAUCAGGGAUACGGCAAAGAGCUGUGCUUCUUUGAUGUUGACCAGAUUCUGCCACUUUUCCAUGUGGAGUUCACUGUGAAGAAAGCACAUAGCACUCAGUCGAAACUGGUGCAGCCAUCACCAGCACAUCCAGGACCACAGCAUGGCAGUCGGAACGUUGAUGUUGAUGGACAUAGUAUUACAAAUCCCGGACGGACAGCAGGCGAAGGUUAUGCCAGUGGAGACAGCAGCUUGCGCAGUGGUCUAUCAUCCAAACUUUCAAGAGACUCACUUCCUGGGAGGAAUAAUUACCGUGGCAAACAGAGUGAUGACGACCAGUCCAGAAUCCAAACUCAGUAUGUGCCGAGUCAUGGAACAGCAUCCUCCAGGAGACAGCGAGAUAGACCUGGCAGAAGAGGUCCGGCAGGUGGUCACGUUACUGGUGGUCCAUUGCGCCAUGCCUACUCGCACUCGUCCUCUUUCGGAGAGGACCCGCGCAGCAGAUCAUACCAAGACACGCACCGAGGUGCACAGCGAGAUGCACGCCAAGACACACAGCAAGACACCUACGAAGACCCACACCUAAACGGACACCGAGACUCACACCGAGACCCACACCGAGACCCACACCGAGAAACAUACCGAGACCCACACCGGGAAAGGAAUUCAGAUUAUGGCGCCAGGCCCAAUCACUAUGACAACAGUACCUGGGGAAAUCAAAACUGGUUUUCCCAUGACGAUAGAGAUCGGGAACCUCGGCUGCCUCGUAUUCGCCAUGGCGACACGCGUUCUGGUGGAGAUUGUCCUUGGUAACUACAAUCACACUGGACCACACACCCUAUGUCGGCCGGCACUGAAUGUUACCAUGAUAGUCUAGGAGUGUUGUUGUCCACCAUGCUAUGUACAUACCGAUAUGUAUUCUGGUGGUGGUGGUGGUACUGCUGCGGUGGUGCAGCUUAUGCUGCUUGUGCUGGUGUUGAUGCUGCGGGUGCUGGAGCUGGUGCUGUAACUGAGUGCUGGUCUUUCUGCUGCUUAUGCUGGUGGACAAGCAGACUGAAUCCUAUACUAGUGGCUGCGAUGACUUUGCCGCCAGUGCUAGUGGUGGUGGUUUGUGAGUUACCCGUCCCUGCUGCCAGUGCUAGUGGUGGUAGUGGUUUGUGAGUUACCCGCCCCUGCUGCCAGUCACAGCACGUGUGCCCAGUACCUACUGUUGCCGCCGUCAUGUGAUCAUUGCCAUGGAGACCAUGAUCAUAACAAUGUACAGGUGAUUACUCAGCUGCUGCAUAGUUCAAGAUUUCAGCCUAAAUCCAAUCAAUUUUUCUUACAAACUCGUAACCACAGUAAUCACUUAUAUUGUAAUAUUAUAAGAAACUAUUUUGUCGCAGUUGCUACCUCGAUUUCGCAAGCUGCUGUGUAGUAGAAAGUAUUGAGGCAUAUUCUCCCUGACUGCGGGGCUAGCUGGAUUGAGCUAUGAACUGCGGGUGAUGUGAAUUAUAGCCUGUGGCCAGUGCUGCUGCAACAUGUAGCAAUUGCCUCUGACCAGUAUGGUUGUGUCAGUCACUUUGAUUGCUUAGUUACACCAUAGAUGCGAGUAUGCCUCUUCGGCGCACUAUCUGAUCAUUCUUCUGAUGUUCUCCGCUGGGACGAUUUGCUAGUACUGCAUUUGAAUUUCUGCUACAUUAUGUGCUAGUUCAUGCAUUGUUUUGCUCAUUUUGAAACUAAUAUUUUCUCUGGACAAUGUUGGCCAUUGAAGCCUUCUACAGGCUUUAGCGAUGAUGUAUGCUUACUCUACA